AUGGUUAAGAGAUGGGAAAUGACAUUUUCGUACGAUGAGAUGGCAGUUUCAAGUAAGAUGGACUCGCAUGGUCAUCUGGUAUCACUUGAACAUCCUGGCACCGAUGUAAGGCCGGAAAAUCGCCGUGUCUCGAUACCAACCGUCUGA